CCAGCUUCUCGCCAGCCCGAGAUCCUCUGCGAUGGCCUUGCCGGCUGCAGUGAGCGCCGUGCUGUGCGCCCUCGUGGUGCUCACCGUGUCCGGGACCCCGGCCGGGGCCUGUCUCCUCUGCUUCACAUCCUACACCGAGCGCCUCCGCAUCUGCCAGACCUUCGCUGGCAUGGAGGGCCCGGAGCUGGAGAAGUGCGAGGCCGCCUUCACGGCCGCCUUCGGGGGUCUCCUGGACGCAGAAAUCAGUGAGGAGAUCGCACCACCGUCCUCCGGGGUGCUGGGUGGGGUAUGCAGAGGGAGGGACCAGAGAGGCCUGGAGACACCCAGACUGAGGGAGACGCGGAUGGGGGAGCAGAGACCCAGAGGAGAUGGUGGGGGCAGGGGCGGGGGUGCGCAGAGACAGGAGGAUGGAGACGGGGGACACGGUGACUCGGAGCUACAGACGGUGUCUUAGAGAGACAGAGAACGUCCACACAGGGGCCACGGC